GGAUUGACAGUCAGCAGGGCGGCGGAAGUUUACCGCAUCCUCAUCAGUAAACUUAUGGAUAGGAGGGUUUGGUGAAUACUGGCCUCCAUGGUAAACUGCCUCAGCCGCCAUGUCCUCCACCUUUGUGUCAACAUCUGCUGGUUGUUGUGGUGGUGGUGCUGCUGAUGCUGCAGCUACCAUGGCAACGCAGGCGUCUGAGCAGGCUCUGCUGGCCUCAGACCGCUACGCCAGACUCAUUCUGGCCCAGAUGAACAAGAUGCGGCUCCGCAAAGACUUCUGUGAUGUGGGGCUGAAGGUUGGCGGCCGUGUCUUCAGAGUCCACCGGCUGGUGCUUGCAGCCAGCAGCCCGUAUUUCUCUGCACUGUUCUCCGGGGGGAUGAGGGAGGCAGAUAAAGAGGAGGUUCAAAUCCUCGGAGUGGAGACCGAAGUGUUUGAGGUUCUGCUGGAUUUCAUAUACACAGGUGUUAUCAGCGUGACCGUGGAGAACGUUCAGGAGCUGAUGGUGGCAGCAGACAUGCUGCAGCUGAACGAGGUGGUGUCUAUCUGCGGAGAGUUUCUCAAAGGCCACAUGGACCCUUCCAACUGUGUGGGCAUCUUUCAGUUCCUGGAGCAGAUUGCCUGCAUGGAAAUGAUGGAGUUCACUGAGAACUACAUUCAUGUUCACUUCCUGGAGGUGUGUGUUACGGAUGAGUUCAGGGGCUUGUCGAAGGAUCAGCUGGUGAGGCUUCUAAGAAGCGAAGAGCUGAGAAUUGAAGAUGAGUAUCAGGUAUUUACUGCAGCCAUGGACUGGGUUCUUCAAGAUGUGGCAAAGCGGAAAAAACAUGUCGUUGAGGUGUUGGAACCGGUCCGCUUCCCUCUACUUUCCCCACAGAGACUGUUCAAGUACAUAGAGGGUAUUACUGACUUCAGCCUGCGGGUGGCACUGCAGACUUUGUUGAGGGAAUACACUGAAGUCACAAAGUCUCCCAAAGAAAAUAAGAUGUACAGUCAGCUACAACCAGCCAAGAUGAGACCCAGAAGAAAAGCCAGGAAGUACCUAUAUGCCAUAGGAGGUUACACUCGGCUGCAGGGCGGCCGCUGGAGUGACAGCCGGGCUUUGAGCUGUGUGGAGCGCUUUGACACCUUCAACCAGUACUGGACCACCGUGUCCUCCCUGCACCAGGCCCGCAGUGGGUUGGGGGUCGCAGUUCUGGAGGGCAUGAUCUACGUAGUGGGGGGGGAGAAAGACUCGAUGAUUUUUGACUGCACAGAGAGAUAUGACCCAGUGACUAAGCAGUGGGCUGCCGUGGCGUCUCUGAAUUUUCCUCGCUGUGGAGUUGGAGUCUGUCCCUGCCAUGGGGCUCUGUAUGCACUCGGUGGUUGGAUUGGCUCUGAGAUUGGAAAGACCAUGGAACGCUACGACCCAGAGGACAACAAGUGGGAGGUCAUCGGCACCAUGGCGGUUCCUCGCUAUUACUUUGGCUGCUGUGAGCUACAAGGCUUCAUUUACGUGAUCGGAGGAAUCAGUGACGAAGGAAUGGAGCUGCGUUCAGCCGAGGUGUACGACCCCAUCUCUCGCCGCUGGAGUGCCCUCCCCGUCAUGGUCACACGUCGAGCCUACGUGGGAGUCGCUUGCCUCAAUAACUGUAUUUACGCAGUGGGUGGCUGGAACGAGGCGCUGGGUGCACUGGAGACAGUGGAGAAGUACUGUCCAGAAGAGGAGAAAUGGUUGGAGGUGGCCCCGAUGUCAACUGCCCGUGCAGGGGUUUCAGUGUCAGCUGUCAACGGGCUGCUGUAUGCUGUCGGAGGACGGGCUGCCAGUAGAGACUUUUCCGCCCCAGUGACGGUGGACUCCGUGGAGAUCUACGACCCUCACCUGGAUACCUGGACUGAAAUUGGCAACAUGAUCACCAGCCGCUGUGACGGAGGGCUAGCUGUGCUCUGAUCACCAGAAAUAAUCGAUUCAAACAGUGAACAUCUGAAUCAUCCCAAAACGGCGUAAAACUGAUGAAAAGCUGCACCUUAAGAAACACAAGAGAACGGCUGUGUCACUAGCAGGCUUUCACAUUAUCAUAUAUGUUAUUUAUACAUGGAUUAGACAUGUUUUCUUUUCUUAUUUUUAAUUUGUCCUCCACAUUUAACAUUUUAUUUAAGUUGAGCACAACUGGAAAACUGCCAAAACUGCUUCCACUUACGCUGCUUGAUGAUUCGUCUGUUUUCACUAUUUUCAAGUCACUUAGUACUUUUACAAGAAUGUCACGAAUGAGGAGUAACGCCUCCUCUCGUCCUCUCUUUUGUAUUUGAAGACAAAAUGAUCCUUUCAAUGAGGAUGACUUUUCUCCAACAGAGGAGUGAACGUGUGAACAUUAUUCUUGGAUAUGAUGUGAUGAUUGUGUUUUUUUUAGUGUAUUUAAGGAAAAGUUUGAGGUGUGUGCAUUUCUACUUGGAGGAUUUGUCAAACCACUUGAGCCUAUUUAAUGAUGGUACCAAGCGACACUGGUAGGUGUCUGAAGUUUCAUGGUGAGUGAUUUCUGUAAAUAAUCAUGAACUCAAACAGCACACCACUGUUCUCACACCAGUGCUGUGAUCACUGGAUUAUUUUUGUAUCUAUGAACACAAUCGAGUCUUCAUUUCAUUUACAUUUCAGCUUUCUCAUGUUGACACACUCAAGACAACAUGCACAUGUUUACCUUGUUUACAAUAGGUAGUGGUAACGUUACAAUGUUUCAUCUCUGUAUUAAGUGGCACAUCAGGUUAACGAGCUGGUGGAGCUGCUGCACAGUAGCAGUAUUGCCUAUCAUGUGCUGUUAUCCCAAACAACACAAUACAAUACAAUUACACAGCAUUGAUAACAU